AUGGUAGAUUAUACCACCGAUGAAGACAGUGGGACAGCGGUUUUGUGCAGCAAAUGCAGAGCCAAGGUCGGUAGUGAGCCAGAGGAGAAGCCCUCUUCGCUUAUAACGGAACGAGCUACGGCCGCAACCCAGCAGAAGGUUGCCGAAGUAGGAAAACAUCAAGAGGCGGCGUUUACGCAAAUUAAAGUCUCCCUCACGAACCCACCUGUCCUGGUUCCUCCUCGGCGUGGUAAGCCUCUUAAGCUCUAUAUCUCGGCGGCCGAAGAGUCCAUCGGCUGCCUCCUUGCACAAGAUAACGACGCCGGACGAGAGCAGGCUAUUUUUUAUCUCAACCGCAAUCUCAGUCAACCGGAGAUCAAUUACCCAGCCGUCAAGAAGCUGUGCCUGGCCGUGUUUUUCGCUGCUUCCAAGCUUCGGCAUUAUAUGCUCCCAUCAGUUACCCAAGUCAUUGCUCAGACCGACGUCAUCCGCUACAUGGUCACCCGACCAAUCGUAAAGGGCCGCAUUAGGAAAUGGACCAUGGCACUGUCUGAAUUUAGCUUGCAGUACGUAGCCCAGAAAGGUGUCAAGGGCCAGGCACUGGCUGAUUUCCUUGCUCAACAUCCCUCCCCAUACGGUUUUGGGGGCAACGACGUUGAAAUCGGCAUGGUUCAGACGCGCGACAACCACUGGACGAUGUACUUUGACGGCUCCAGUACGUCAUCUUCGGCGGGCGUGGGAAUUGUCAUUCAAUCCCCAAACCACGAUCGCUGGUUAUUUUCGCUUAAGUUGGAUUUUGAAUGCACCAACAAUCAGGCCGAAUACGAAGCCCUAAUCGUCGGCCUUGGAAUUCUUCAUGACCUGCGGGCAACCCGCGCCCUCGUCCUCGGCGACUCCGAACUUGUGAUUAACCAACUCAAUGACGAAUUGGCUCAAAUUGCCUCCGGCGCACAACUCUUGGGGGGCAAGCUAGGCCGAGAAAUACCCGUGUUGCGACAGCUAUACCUGGCCUUGGUUAACCAACAAGUCCUCCAGCGCGACAACGUGAUACGUACAAGAGUCAUGUCCUUACCUUCGUUGUUAGAUCGAGACGACCCUGUGGACGUUUGUGCCGUCGAGGCAGUACCAGAUGAUUGGAGAAAGCCCAUUAUGCAGUACCUCGAUAAUCCCAAUGGUAAACACGAUCGCAAGACAAGAGUUCACGCCACGAACUAUGUCAUGUAUCAGAACGAGUUAUACUGA